UUUUUCAACGAUUAUUAUUGAUGAAAAAGUCAAGAUGAAAGUUUUACUUUGUUAUUCAAUGUUGAUCAUCGUAAUCGCUAUGGUGCGAGCGGUCGAUGUGGCCAAUGUGACAGAAGCGAUCAAUGCUACCAACGCGAUGAAGUUGACCAGCGAAACCAUUUGUACUGAAAAUAUUUGCGAUUAUGUUAAAUGUAAGGAAAUCCUUCAUAAAGAUUGUGACAAAGGGACAGUUUAUCAAGCCGAUGGAGGAUUUUGUGGCUGCUGUCCAGCUUGUAUCAAGGUGCUGGACGAAGGUGCGAUUUGUGAAUUCAAUGUUAAAGGUGGACUAAAGCCAGACUUCAUGUGUAUGCCCCCGUUGGUCUGUAUAACACACUGUCCCAAACUACCUCGAAAAUGUACUAAUCCAUUCCAAUACCCGCCGAUAAUUGCACCUAUUGAACCAACAAAUUCAACGAAUUCAACAAACAUGUGAAAUCCAAUUCUAGUCCACCGGAUAAACGGCAUUUAAAUGUUAACCACAAUCAACGUCUAGUUAAUUGUGGUUAACAUUUUGUUAAUUUAGGAGAUUAGAGUAACAUUCCCGGAAGAAAGAAGAGGAAAUUAACUACAUUAUUAAUAAAUUGUUACAAUUAACUGUAUUUAAUACAUUUCCAAUUCCCCCAAGACAAAUGUGUAGCAUUUAAUUGUUUAGUUUAAAUGACCAACAACAAUUAAAAGCAAAAAAAAUCAUCUUCAUAUAAAUUAA